UUAAAGUUAAGCACUCUUCGGCAAUAAUAAUGUGUGCAAUGUUAAUUCUAAUUCUAUCAUCGCUGGCAGUAUUAGCCUUUGCCGAGGGCAUAAGUCGUCCAUUUCCCCCGUAUGUGGGAUUACCCACCCAGGAUGGUUUGACACGGCUGUUUCUCUCAUCGCGUGUGACGCGUCGUGAUCCAUUCGCCUCGGUGGCCUGUUUUGCUGGCUACAUUGGUGAAUCGAAUCUCAUUACGGAGCAAUAUAGCACAGACUAUAGUGUGUGCUCGGAGCAGGCACAAAAUUCACGCAAAGGGAUCGAUCAUGAUUUUCUGCCAACUCGCAGGUUAAUCGAGAGAUCAGCUGAAAAAGUAUGCCGUGAUCUAAACUUGUGCAAUAAAAUCAACAACACUCUGGAUUCCUUUAAUUGUCAUGCCAAUGUGGGAUCGAAUAAUACCAUUACCACUUAUAGCAUAUCGGGUAAUGCCUCCGACCAGGCAUCCAAAUUGCAAGAGCGUUAUCGUUUAAUCGAUUUACAGCAUGAGCAAUGCAUUCAUAAGGCAGAGAGAAGUUAUGUAGAGUCCACAGCUGGAAACUAUAACUAUUUGCAGGCAUGUUUGGAUGGACGUGUGAAACCCAAGCCGAUGCCAACCACCACAAGUUCGACCUCAACAUCAUCGACCACAUCGUCGACGACAACUACAACAACCACAACUACAGAGCCACCACCACCACCAACCACUGAGGCAGCAUUACCAAAUACUACCGAAAGUCCAGUUAAUUUAGAAGAUCAAUUUAAGCAGCUUUUAAAUUUGCUAAAUUAAUGUCACAAAGGUGGCAACAACUUUAUGAAAUACUUUCCAGACAUGUCACGGAAAAAUAAGAAGAAGUCCCUAAUAUGCAACCCUUAGUAAAUACAUAAAUUAACCCCCCAUUUGAACUAAGAAGGGUUGUACAUUUACUCCCAACCCCAAGAGGCUUUAAUUUCACAAAAUAUUCACAAAAAAAAAAGGGGUUGUAUGGGGGCGAAAAGUUUUCAACAAUUUAA